AUCUGGAGUGGGAGGGUUAACUGUGUUCUGUUACAGCUCUCCUCCUCUCUCUCUCUCUCACACACACACACUUUCAUACAAACAAUACAUGAACCUCCGACUGCAGCGUCUCUGGAUUUCACAUACCACUAACCACUACUACUACUACUACUACUACUACCACUACUACUAACACUACUACUAACACUACUACUACUACUACUAACAUUACUACUAACACUACUACUAACACUACUACUACUACUACCACUACUACUAACACUACUACUAACACUACUACUACUACUACUACUACUACUACUAACACUACUACUAACACUACUACUACUACUACUACUAACACUACUACUAACACUACUACUACUACUACUAACACUACUACUACUACUACUACUACUAACACUACUACUACUACUACUACUACUACUACUAACACUACUACUAACACUACUACUACUACUACUACUAACACUACUACUAACACUACUACUACUACUACUAACACUACUACUACUACUACUACUAACACUACUACUACUACUAAUUCUAACACUACUACUAAUCAGGAUGGCGUAUUGGUGGAGUUUUUCGGCGGAGACGUGGGCUCUGAUCGUGAUCCUCAUCAGUCUGAUCCUGCUGUACGGGUACUGGCCACACAGUGUCUUUAAGCGUUUGGGAGUUCCUGGUCCUAAACCGGUACCAUUUUUCGGAAACAUGUUAGAAUAUCGUAAGGGAAUGCAUCAUUUUGAUAUGGAGUGUUUUCAGAAGUACGGCAGGGUUUGGGGUAUAUACGACGCGAGACAGCCGGCCCUUUGUAUCAUGGACACAGAGAUCAUCAGAACCGUCCUGAUUAAAGAGUGUUACUCUCUCUUCACCAACCGCAGAAAUUUCCGUCUAAACGGUCCUCUGUACGACGCCUUGAACAUCGCCGAGGACGAGAUCUGGAGGAGAAUCAGGAGUGUUCUCUCUCCAUCCUUCACCAGCAGCAGACUGAAGGAGAUGUUUGGAAUCAUGAAGUCUCAUUCUCGCUCGUUGGUUGAAAAUCUGCAGAAGACGUCAGAACGAGGAGAAUCAGCAGAUAUUAAAGAGUUUUUCGGAGCGUACAGUAUGGAUGUGGUGACGAGCACAGCGUUUAGUGUCGAUAUCGACUCCCUGAACAACCCCAAAGAUCCCUUCGUAUCCAACAUCAAGAAAAUGCUGAAGUUUAGCUUAUUCAACCCUCUGUUCCUCGCUGUCUUGCUGUUCCCCUUUAUCGGGCCAGUGUUGGAGAAAAUGGAUUUGGCCUUUUUCCCGACCGCGGUGACUGAUUUCUUUUACGCCUCCCUGCAAAAGAUCAAGUCUGAACGUGUGGCUCAAGAUCAUAAGAGACGAGUGGACUUCAUGCAGCUGAUGAUCGAUUCUCAGAAAUCAGAAAAAGACGAUCAGAACGGCAAAGAGACAAACAAAGGUCUAAAUGAUCAUGAGAUCCUGUCCCAGUCCAUGAUCUUCAUCUUUGCUGGUUAUGAGACGAGCAGCAGCACGCUGACGUUUCUCUUCUACAAUCUGGCCAGUAAUCCAGACACGAUGAAGAAACUACAGGAAGAAAUCGAUGAAACUUUCCCCAAUAAGGCCGAAGUUGAUUAUGACUCUGUCAUGAACAUGGAUUAUCUGGACGCUGUGAUGAACGAGUCGCUCAGGUUGUACCCAGUUGCUGUUCGUCUGGAAAGAGUCUGCAAGAAAACUGUUGAGAUAAAUGGCCUUACCAUCCCAAAGGACACCGUAGUCUUGGUCCCCACUUACGCCCUACAUAGGGACCCUGAACACUGGCCUGAUCCAGAGACCUUCAACCCUGAGAGGGUCACGGGGAACCUGGAGCCUAUCCCAGGGAGAAUCGGGCAGAAGGCGGGGUACACCCUGGACAGGGUGCCAGUCCAUCACAGGGCACAAUCACAUACACACUCACACACCCAUUCAUACACUUCGGAUACUUUGACACUUUGGACACGCCAAUCAGCUUGCAUGUCUUUGGACUGGGGGAGGAAACCAGAGUACCCGGAGGAAACCCCCACAGGAAACCCCCACAGCACGGGGAGAACAUGCAAACUCCGUACACACACACACAGAGGGCCACGGUGGGAAUCGAACCCUCGACCCUGGAGGUGUGAGGUGUGCGGUGAACGUGCUCACCACUAAGCCACUGUGCAACCCGUGAUGGGAAAUUAUUCGGUCAGUUCUAAUUCAUUUCAUAAACAAGAUUCCACUGGUCCACUAUUUUAGAAAUUGACUAGCCCUAUUAGAACAGGAUUAGUUUCUCUGAGUUUUUUACACAUCUCCUCCAUGAUGAAGCUCGCUCCAGAAGGCAACUUAACCUAAGGCAGGAAGAACAAGGCCCUGCAGGUUGUUUUUUUUAUGAUCCUGAUUAAUUGCAGUCAUUUAUUAUGCAGCAUCUACUGUGUGAGGAACUUACAAUACAACUCUGUUCAUUUAUUUCCAUAAAACAAAAAGUUAUGUGAUGUUACAGAAUGUGCAAAUGUAAAUUCGCUUCUAUAGGUGUAGCUGACCUCAUAACAGCUGUUUUAAUCCACUUCACAAUUAUCUUCUGAUUAAUUUUCUUUUCUUUCACCUGUUAUAUGAACCUUACAAAGCUUUUGAGAGAAUCCUACAAAUAGUUAAUCGUUUCCCAAUUUGGGAAGUAGAUGUACUCAUGAGCUAGGGGACUAAAUAUAGUGUACAAAAACAGAAGCGUCAUUGUCUGUGGAUGUUCUGCCUUGGAAAGCACUAGGACUGGGAGUGAUUGACUAUACCAGCAAGUUUCCCUGAGCCAAGCAGUCAUCCCUGUGUGCUUCAAGAUGACCAUCAUCUGUUGUACUCACACCUAUCAUUAUGAAGUGUUUCGAGCAGCUGGUCAUUAAACACAUAACAAGCAGUCUUCCCACCACACAGGACCCAUUUCAGUACUCCUACCGUCCCAACCGCUCAACAGAGAACGCCAUACCAUCUUUCUCUCGCCCAUUUGGACAAAAAGAGCCACUAUGUAAAGAUGCUGUUCAUAGACUUCAGUUCAGCAUUCAACACAAUCAUCCUACAACUGACAACAAAGCUGAGCCUGCUGGGUCUGACCACCUCCAUCUAGACGGGUGUAGAGACAACAAUCUCGCUCUUAAUGUCGAUAAGACUAAAGAGAUGAUUGUCGAGUUCAGGAGAACCCAAAUGGACCACUGCACAUCAAAGGAACAACUAUGGAGAGAGUCAAAAGCUACAUUGGGACGAUAGAGAGCAUCCUGACCAGCUGUCUCACCAUGUGGUACGGGAACUGCUCAGAUAUACCCACUCCUGCUGCACCACUACCAACUAGUUUACAGAUUACAGACCAUGUGCUGUGUAUUUAUUCUUUUCUUCUGUGUAUUUAUACCCCUGCACUCGUCUCACACUUGUGUAUUUGCACUUUAACAAACUUUUAGUUUGUUGAUCCCCCAUAUUG